AUGAAAACGAUCAUGUCGUUUCAAUUCCAGCUCAACAUCUCCGAGUUCGCUCGAAUCGGUACCGCCUAUCCGCUACCACAAGCUGACGAUCGUGACGGGAAGAAUUUCACCAUUAAACGGUAUCGCAUCGUUCAGGGCAACGUCAACAAUGUUUUCAAGAUCUCGACGCGUACAGUCCAUGGCGCUUUGUACGCAGAUCUGGUGGUGAACGGACAACUCGACCGCGAAUAUCGUGAUAAGUACGAAUUGAUCGUCGAGGCUAUCGACGGAGGAAAACCGCCCAAAGUCGGACGCCUUUACGUGCACGUGUUUAUACUCGACGCAAACGACAACGCGCCAAUUUUCACGCAGCCACGGUACAGUAUCUCAAUCCCAGCGAAUUUAACUGUCGGAUCGCAAUUUUUCCGUCUGAAAGCCACCGACGGGGACAUAGAAGAAAAUGGCAGAGUCAGAUAUCGUUUGCGAAAGGUAGGCAACUCUAAAUAUUUUCUUUCAAAUUGUCUUUCCGAGGGUUGUACAAGAACUUACUUCCAGACGAGGUUCGAGCAUAUGGCGCCGUUGUUUUCACUCUCACCGAACGGAGUUCUGUCGUCGGCAGCACGUCUUCUUCCAGGCACAGUUCACGACUUGAUCGUCGACGCCUACGACGGCGGCGUGCCGUCUCUGGAAACAACCGCAAUUGUCACCGUCACAGUACUAGGGACUUCUCUUACGGCUCCGGCUGUUGACAUCAUCUGGUUAACUGACAGCGGCACAGCGCAUUUCCUUGAAAAUAUCACACUGGGAACCAUUGUGGCACGGCUGAGCUUGAACGAGGAACAGAAGGACUGUGUCGUCACUAUGUCUGGUUGUCCAUCGUUGUGCCUUCGUCAGAGCCAAUCUUCAUCAGUGUACCUUCUUUUGGUUUGUGGCACCUUCGACCGCGAAUCCUCAUCAGAAUAUCACCUCAAAUUCAGUCUGAAGAGGGGUACUGAACUAGUCCUGGAUCAUCCUGUAAUUCUUAGCAUUGGUGACAUCAACGACAACGCUCCAGUCUGGCCACAGGCUUACGCUCAUAUCACCCUGAAUCGCUCAACAUCGGCAGUCGACCAGACUACCGUACUUGUGGCGACCGAUGCUGAUCAAGGUCUGAGCGGUCGAGUACAAUACAGUGUACUCGACUCGGAUAUCAUCGCCAUCGAUCCGAACACUGGCCGGCUUAAUCUACUCAAGGAACUCGACUGCUCUCUAGGUGCGGAACUUCGCUUUAGAGUUCGUGCAGCUGAUGGCGGCUCGCCAAGUUUGUCUUCAGAUCUUCUAGUAACAGCCGAUCUUGUGGACAAUUAUGGUAGAGCACCGCAAUUCGAGAAAUCGCUCUACGAGUUGAAAAUCUCUGAAGACAGUGACGUAGGUACUUGUCUGCUUAAGGUUAGUCUCACAUGCUUAUCAUUUAGCACGCAUUGCUAA